CCCAAUAAACAAUAGCCACAUUUCAUCUACCCCUUAACCAAAUUGUUCUGAUUCUGAUAACACUUGAACUCCAUUUUCUCUCUCAUACAAUCUAGAAAAAAAAAUAAAAAAAUUGAUAUGUCAGUAGCAACUUCAAUCCCAUGUAUGAGACUGCCAACAACAACAACAACAACAGCAUCAUCAUCAUGUUGUUCAUCUUCAACAACUAACUUUAGCUUAAGGUUAUCACAAACUAAGCCGCCUUGUAUGUCAUCAUUUACUGUAAGGUGUUCACAGACAGAAGGUCCCAUCAGAAGACCUACUGCUCCUUCUCCUGCUCCUCCUCUGCAGUCGCCUAAGCCACCUUCUUCUUCUCCUCCUCCACCUCCACCUCCACCUCCAAAGCCGGUGUCGGCUUCGGCUACUACAAUGGUUGAAGAUAAGAGUUUGGUUACGUUGGAGUUUCAGAGGGCUAAGGCUAGGGAACUUCAAGAUUAUUUUAAGCAGAAGAAGCUUGAAGAAGCUGAUCAAGGCCCUGCUUUUGGUUUUGUUCCUAAAAAUGAGAUUGGUAAUGGCAGAUGGGCAAUGUUUGGAUUUGCUGUUGGGAUGCUGACAGAGUAUGCAACUGGAUCUGACUUCGUUCAUCAACUUAAACUCAUUCUCUCCAAUUUGGGGAUUGUAGAUUUAGAAUGAGCUAAUAUCUUUGAUUUCAUAUUCUACUUUUUACACUUCCUUCUGUUAUUUCUGUCAUCAAAAAUCAGAAAUUUCCCCUUAUUUUGUGCGUUGUUAUCAUUUAAUUCAACUGUUGGUUGCCAUUACCUGUAUUUAUGUACUUCUUUUUCUUUUUAUAGUACCUGUAUUUAUGUA